UGCUUUCACAGAAUGAAUGCCCUGGACGAUGUCCCCUUCAAAGUGUCCAGGAGCUUUGUGAUGGCCCCUGAGCCCCUCCCUGGGCUGGAGACCAGCAUCCCAGCCUGCAGGGAGCUUCUGCUGGGCACUAUGCACGACUUCAGCCUGGAGAGACGCGCGCUGUGCUGGGUGGAGGCGACCUACCCUGGGCCUUGCGCGAGGUCUCCGGACGGCCCAGCCUUCGCCUCGGCCCCUCCCGCCUGGCUGCUGCUGCUCAGCCCUGCUGAGCCUGGAUCCCAGGAGCCCCCUAAGGAAGAGGAAAGGGAGGAUGCCCCAGCUGGCAGCAAUUGCCAGUUGAACCCCGGGGACCCCCUCUGCUUGGGGCCUGCACCCACUUGCGCCCCACUUCAGCUGCGGGGUCCAGAGCCCACUGCUGCGUCUGAAUCAGACCUUGGUGAGGCUGUCCCAGUGCCUCCUGCACCCCAUCUGCUGCCCCUGCCCUUCCUUACUGCCCUUCCUUCCCGCCUCCUUUCUUGGCAGUUUCUUGGCUACCUCGGGGCCUGUGAGCGCCUGCAACUGCAAGGGUAUGAUCAGGGCCUGGUGGAGGAGGCCAUGGAGAUGUCCCAGUUUUCUGAACGCCAGGCUGGGGAGUUUCUGCAUCUCUGGGAGCAGUUCAGCGACAUGGGCUUCCAGCAGGAUGACAUCCGGGAGGCGCUGCUGGUUCAUGGACCCUGCCGUGAGCAAGCCCUAGAGGAGCUGGUGGCCUGCACACCCUGACCACAGUGCCCCAGGAUGCCAGCUGGCAGCCACACCCUGUCACUACAUUGUCAAGUCCUAUAGGAAGAAUUCAGUGUGCCCUAGAAUGGACCCAAGGCAAGAGCUGGUCUAUCCCCCACUCUUCACACUCACACACCCCAGCCCCAAGCAAGAAG